AUGGAUUUCAUCAAGACCAGUUCCCUGCGUGCUCUGAUUGAGUUAACUUUCCAACGCAACUGGAAUGGCUUCAUUUGGAUGAGUAGAAAAGGAGUUAUAGCCAAAAGAGUGAAGGCUGCUCCAGACGGCCAUAUCGAGAAUCAGCGUCCGAACGCGCAGACCGGCUGGCCGAGGAACGAUGUUCCGCGCUCGGCCAAAACCGUAUUCCGUCCGACUGAAGUCUCGGCCAAAGUCCAAACCAUCCGGCCGAUCACGCAUCACGACCCGGGAAACAUUGUCCCGCGGUCGGCCAAGCAACGUCACGCCACACCGCGCACGACCAGCGCGCGAGCCGGGAAAAAGCCUCGCGGCCGCGCAACCCGUUCGCGUACCACGGCCGAUGCAUCCGUCCGAGCCGGGAAGAUCGUCCCACGUCCGGCCGAGAAACCAUCGGCCAAAUUCAUCCGCCGACCAGCCGGCCGACCGUGA